UCUCUAUCGAAUAGUACCUUUAUUUAAAAUUGUAAAUUAUUCCGGAAUAAAAUGAAUCCACCGCCUUCCAGGGGGCGCGCCCCCUCGCGAUUCGUUCGUGGGCGUGGUCGUGGAGGCGGGGCCUACCGCCCGUACUUUUAUUUCCGGCGCAAUGGACGAGUAAUUCCCGCCCGCGGCAACCGGCAACCAAAUCAAGAGGAAUCUGGAUCUGGAGCACCUGGCGCUCCAAGUACCGACCCGCCUGCAAACCGGCCAUCCAGAGGCUGGGGCCGCACAGUCGGCAAACGAGGACGCGAUGUCCACCUGGACUGCAGCUUCCUGAGGCCCGAAAACUAUGCGGCUCCGGAGGAUGGGCUGCAGGUGCAGAGUAUCGCGGUGGACAACCCAAGGGCCUAUCCCGGCUGGAGGCUGUACUUCCUGCGCGAGAAGUACGAGGAGGGCAACGAUCUGGCCAGCAGGAUCAUGGCCGUGCAGGCUCAUUACCAGCGCAAUCCUCACAACUACGAUUUCCUCAUGAUCCGUGAUCGGGGAUUCUUUCGCCUGCCCGCCUUGACCAUUUUAUCAGAUGCCCAGCUGAAGGAGGUUUGGCCUGGCCUGGUCGAGGACAUCCGGGAGCACCCGCUUCGCACGCUGGCCACCCUUUCGUUGGCCAUGCACACUGUGGUCCUGAACCACCUGCUGGACUGUAACGAUUCCGUCGUGAGUAAUACCUCUACCACCGAUAUAUACGUCCCUCCGCCCGGAAGACUACGCAAGAUCUACGUGCGACCGGAGGACUUUGUGCCCGUGGACCCAAUGGAAGGGAUGAGCCACUCCCGCGUGGAUACUCUCCUUUGCAUCCGGGGCACUGUGAGCAGCGUGGGCGAGCCCAGCUACAGCCUCACCUGGCAGGCUUUUCGCUGCAGCCGCUGCCAGAUGGAGAUUGCCAUGCGCCAGCGAGGAACCUUCCAGCCACGUCCCUACCAAUGUAAGCGAUCAGAGUGCGUGGCUCGCGAUGAGUUCCUGCCCCUCAGAAACUCUCCGUACACGCGACUCUCCAUCAGACAGAUCAUCCGCCUGGAGGAAUCCAGUCUGAGUUCAGUCCAUGAUUUCGAGAGCAGUCUGCCCGGAGAGAUGGAUGUGGAGCUGCGACACGAUCUGGUGGAUGCAGUGCGUGUGGGUCAGGAGGUUGUGGUAAGCGGAGUGCUCAAGCUGCAGGAGCUGGGCGAGGAUGGCGCCACAGGAGACUCCUCCAACCAGAUGCAGGCCUACCUCAAGGCAGUCAGCAUUCGGGAUGCGGCCGCCAUCAAGCGGGAGUUCAGCGAGCGCGACUUGGAAGCCAUCGCCAUGAUCAAUGCGGAGCAAAAUAGCUUCAAGCUGCUGGUGCAAUCCAUUGCCCCGGAGGUGUACGGGCAUGAGCUGCCCAAGGCCGCCUGUUUGUUGUCCCUUCUCGGAGGUAGAGGACCAGAGGCUGAUGCUAUCAACGUGCUCCUAGUGGGCGAUCCCGGCAUUGGGAAGACUAAGGUCCUGCAGAGCUGUGCUCAGAUCACGGAACGCGGUGCCCAUGUGAGCGGAAAGCGUGGCGCCCAAUCUGCCCAGCAUUUGGGUGUUACCUUCGCUGGAAGAAACAAGCGCGUCCUUCAAGCGGGCGCCUUGAUGGCGGCCAGUGGAGGCGGGCACUGCACCCUUGACGAUGUGGACAAGCUGGCCUCUAAGCAGGCGAUACUACUGCAAUGCCUGCAAUCGGGGGAAAUAAACCUUCCACUUUCUGGAGCCUUUGCCUCUUUUCCGGCAAAACCUUCGGUGAUAGCCUGCGCAAAUCCUCAAAGAGGCCAAUACGAUGAGGGACGCUACCUCCUGCAAAAUAUUAAUAUUACUCCGGCUUUGCUCAAAGAGUUCCACCUAGUCUAUGUAUUAUUGGACAAGCCCUCCGAGAGGGACAUGUCCCUGACUGCCCAUGUGCGGGCCCUUCAUGCUGGGGCCAAAAAGCGAGCCAAGAUCGCAGCUCGCUAUGCCCUCAAGCCCAAGAUGAGUGACUCCAUGUGCGAGGCUACGUUUGACAUUCCGGUGGCGGGAGAAAAGGAUGACACAAUGAAAACGGAGGACGAUAACGACAGCGUUAUGCAGCACGAUUACGAUCUGGACAAACGGCUGGAGCUGCUGCCGGAAGAGGAGGACUUGGAUCUGCUACCACCCAUCCUGAUCAAAAAGUUUUUGGCCUAUGCCCGCCAGGAAGUGAACCCGCUCCUAAACGAGGAGGCCAGCAAUGCAAUUUUGAGAUUUUUCCAGGAGCUCCAGGGUAGCAGCGCCCACAGUGAAGGCGACACCAGCCAGAUGGGAGCAGGACAACUUCUUGCCCUGAUUCACCUGUCCCAGGCACGUGCUCGACUGGAUUUGUCCCCCGUGGUCAGUCCCCAGCACGUGCGCGAUGUUAUCGCCCUGCUCACGGAGAGCAUCACCCAGACCAGCCUGAAAGCGGGCUCCAGCGGAUCCGGAGCUCGAGGUGGUGGUGGCGGCGGAGGCGGAAGGAGCGCCCAACUGCGCAAUUUUGUGCAGUUGAUGCAAAAACGCUCGGCGGCGUUGGGUAGGAGAAUCUUCGAUCUGGAGGAGCUGAAGGAGAUCGGAACGCGGGCUGGCAUCUUGACCAGCUUUAGCCAGGUGGUGGAAAUGGCCAACUUGGGAGGCUAUUUGCUCAUGAAGGGAGCAAACAUGUACGAAGUGGUUCCGGACUAGGCAAAUGACAAAUGAGCGGAUCAAUAUUUGCACAGUGUCUGUGGUUUUCUUUCCUGUUAACUAUUAGUUAAGUGGUCACCAGAAUGAGGCAAAAUAAAUUAUAAAUAACUAUUACGGAAAACAAAGCCCUAAUCGAUAUUCUAAUUAUAAAUUUCAAAUGAUAGUAUAGUAGUGGUAUCAAAAUAACGCAUUUGUAAUAAUUUGAAAACAAAAAGCAUACUUUAGGGAGCAACUAGUUUGAGUUCGGCACUACACUGCGUGUUAUAAGUAUUAUUGUUUAUAAAAGCAGGUUGGCCCUAUAAAAUUUAAGGUUUACAAUUCUGUUACGGCCUAUUUAUUACUUAAUCAAACCUAUUUAACAACUUCGAAUGUGGGUCACUUUAUAUCUAUUCUCCUAUAUUCCAACUGAUCAAACACCUACUAGUGGAAUCCACUUACAUAUUGUUGAGGACAGAGACUAGACGUGACUAGACAAAAACAUCCGCCAAAUAGAACGUAUCCAACUUACAAUUCCGAACAUAAAGUUGGCAACUUCCAGCUGUCACUUUAUAAAUAUUGGACUGAUAUUGCCAACUGAUCAAGCACCCACUACUUGAAUCCAAUUACAAACUGUUGGAGACAGACUAGAUGUGACGAAAAGUAAAUAAUGCUGAAAUAUUGGCACGACUUAUACAAUUUAAAUUUCAAUAAAUACUUCCUCUGAAUACAAUGUAACCACAUUAAAAUUUCGAACCUUCUCACUUUAUAAAUAUUAGACCAACAAUUGACAUCGAUAAAACACCCACCAGUUGUAUCCAAAAACAUACAUACUUUCCAUAAUUGGUUUCAUUUAAUACUUUAUUUUCUUGUAUCAUAAAAUUAGAUAUAAUGUAAUAAGUUUUUAUAAAUAAAUACACAAAACAUUUGUA